AUGCCGUCUUCAUCGACAGAUACAAAGCCGACGACCGUCAACCGUAAGAAGCAGAAACGCAGACAGAAGCAGGCAGCUCGUAUGGCGGCGGAGCGUCAGUUUGAGAAUGGACAUAUUCUCGCGGAUGCCGCAGAGGAGAACAGUCCCAGUCGGACGGGACCAGAAAGCCAUCCAUCGGACGACCAUGACUACAACGACUCCGUGAACGGUGACGUGUACUACGAUGAAGAACCCCGAAUCCUGAACGCGCCUCCUCCUAUGACGACCUCUUCAACGACUAAUGCGCCAGACGACCAGUCGAAAGCAGCCGGGCGAAAGUCCAAGAAGAAGAAAGGGAAGAAAGGCCGUAGCGGUUCACAGACUCAUGGAGAUGAAAGUUCCACUCCGCUCUCUACCCCUUCGGUGUCGAUGUCGCAUCCUCUUGUUCCGCCUUUACCGCCUCAUUUUGGUUCGCGCACGAUUCUGAAGUCGACGAAAGACCGCAGCAUAUGGAACACGUCGACACAAGAAGAACGCGAGAAUAUCAAGACAUUUUGGCUCGAGUUAGGUGAGGAAGAAAGACGACAACUUGUCAAAGUGGAGAAGGACGCGGUGUUGAAGAAGAUGAAGGAGCAGCAAAAGCACUCGUGCAGUUGUACGGUGUGCGGGAGAAAGCGAACGGCCAUCGAGGAGGAGCUCGAGGUGCUUUACGAUGCCUACUACGAGGAGCUUGAACAGUAUGCGAACAACAACCAAGGCUCGUUUGAGAAUGGCCCGCCAAUCCCCCCUCCCCGGUUAUAUCACCCACCCCUGCGAUCCCCUGGCCACCACACGCGAACGCACGGUCAAUUCCAUCCCUCGCGAGGUCGAGUAGAGGUCCCUGACGAAGAUGAGGAUUUGGAGGAGGACUACGACGAAGAUGAGGAAGACGACGAGCCGUACAGCGACGAAGAUUUCGAAGAUGAGGACACACGGGCCGCUCGUGCAGAUUUCUUUGCCUUUGGAAAUAGUUUGACUGUGAAAGAUGGUAUUCUUACAGUUGCAGACGACCUUCUAAAGAACGAUGGGAAGCAUUUUAUCGACAUGAUGGAACAGCUGGCGGAACGCCGGAUGCAGCGCGAGGAGGAUACCCAGUUUGGAAUCACAGCCGGCCACCAGUCACUCCACGACGGUCAUAACCACGGACCCUAUGACGAAGAGGAUUACGAUGACGAGGAAGAAGAGGACUAUGACAGCCAGGAGGAUGAAGACUACGAGGAGGAUGAUAUGGAUGCCAUGACCGAGGAGCAACGUAUGGAGGAGGGCCGACGGAUGUUCCAAAUAUUUGCAGCGCGAAUGUUUGAGCAGCGUGUCUUAACCGCUUACCGAGAAAAGGUCGCCGAGCAACGUCAACAAAAGCUGAUAGAGGAGCUCAUGGAAGAAGAGACUCGCAACGAGCAACGGAACGCCAAGAAAGCUCGAGAAGCCCAGAAGCGCAAAGAUAAGAAGAAGCAACAAAAGCAGGCUAAGGAAGAGGAAAAGGCGCGCAGGGACGCAGAGAAGGCAGCGGAAGAGGCAGCGGCCAAAGCCGAGCAAGAAAGAAAGCUGGAGGACCAAAGGAGGAAACGAGAGGAGCAGCGCAAGAAGCGAGAAGCGGAACGGAAGGCCCAGGAAGAGGAGCGUGCCCGUAAAGAGGCCGAGAGGCAGCGGCGACUGCGGGAGGAACGAGAACGACACGCAGAGUUGGAACGAAGGCACCGCGAACAGAAAGAACAGGAAAAGAAAAAGCGGGAUGAAGUGCGACGACGAGAACAAGAGGAGCGCGAGUUGCGAGAAAAGAAGGCCCGGGUAGAACAGGCAAAGAAAGAGAGCGCCGUCAAAGCAGAUCAAGACGCGGCUGCGAAACGAGCGUCGCAGCCUGUGAUCCCCAGCAACCUGCACCAUCCACCUUCGGGCCACUUGCAGUCCCCUCAUUAUCAAGUGGCAACGCCCGUGGUCCCGAAAGCUCCCACUCCGGCUCGCCCCCGUCAACCUUCUCAGCAUGGCUCGCACACCUCGUCGCCACGAUCCCAGGCAGAACCAUCGCAAACGUCUAUCUCACCCCGAUCGAUGGUGCCAUCUCAGUCGUCAGGACCCUCGAGUGUGGCCUCCAAACAAAGCCAGGGGCAGCCCAUUUUGCAUCAUCCUCAGCCUUCAACCCCGUUGUCUCCCCUCGGCUCGAUGGGCAGAGCUCACCCACCUGGUUUCCCAGGUCCUAUCAGCGGACUACCGUCGAAUCCCCCUGGAUUGGCUGGAAUGAUUCCUCGGUCGUCAAUGGGUCCUGAAUUACCCACGUAUCCUCCGCAUACGGGUCCUCUCAUCGGCCAGUUGCGAGGCUUCCCUGCGCCCAAUGGGAUUCCAAUACCCCCAGGGAUGAACGGUACACGCCCAAUACCCCCUGGACGUGGAUUCCCACUCGACCCAGGGCAUGGUCUUCCAUUCCAUACCCAACCACCAAUGUCGGGUGCAUUCUCUGCACAUCAGGCUGGACUGUCUCAUAGCCAUUCCCGGCAGCCAUCGAACUCAUUCGAGCGAUCUCCCCGCGAAGCGCACGCCCAGAUAUUCCCUAUCUCUCGGCCUAGCCCUAUAAAGCGUCCAUCUAGUACCCAGCAAGAACAGCAGAGUGACAGCAACUGUACGAACCGAGACGUGGAUAAUCUGAGCGCGCAUUUGGGUAGCAGUGCCCUUCUUGAUGACUCUGAUAUCCCAUUCACGUCCAAUCUCUCCCAAUCACUCCCCGGCGCCACAGCUCCGGGAUCCUUACCGGGACCGACAAGAGCCAGCUUUGGAGCACCAUCGCUGUUCCCCGAUCCUCUCAGUGCAUCCAAACACGGUAAUUUCUCGGUGAAUCCCGGAGUAGGAGGCAGUACAUGGGGGGCACAGAUGCCCUUUGGUGCCUCAGCAUUCCCCGGUGCUCCGAUGUGGGGAACUGCUGUUCAUGGUAGCGGCUGGUCCAACAACAAUGCCUUCGGGUCUAGUAGCCAUCAUCGUGCGCAUACGUCUCGACCUGUUGCCGUUCGGUUGCUGGUGAUCCAGGCGUGGAAGCAACUGAAUACAAUGAGCCCGUCUAAGGGUGCAAGCGGAUAUCAUGACGCUAAACUUGUUCUUCGCCAGGUCGACCACCUCCGCUCAGCCAACGAGCCCUCGAUCUCGCUCAAGGAGAUGUUGGACAUCUGCGACACGGAAGGCAGCACGCAAAACGGGGGCGGUUCAUUCUCGAUCAAGAGCGACGAAACGGGCGACUUUGUCAAGUUCGAGCCCGACAACAACAGUGCCACCUCAGGUCACAGAGGGAGCAUUGUGCCUGGUGAGAUCGGCAGUCCUAUUCCGAGUAGCAGUAUACCGGCAUUUGGAGGGGUUGGCAGUACACCAUCGGUGCUAAGGCAGUUUUCUUCUCCACCAACUGGGUUCUAG